GAUGCCUGUGGUUAAAUCGAAACUUAGACAUGAUGUGCAAGAAAAAAUUAAGAGACUUCUUGGAAAUGUGACUCUCUGUUUACUUUACAAAGGAAGCAUUCAUGGUUUCACUUCAGCCGAAUUUCACAACAAAUGUGAUUUUCAAGGUCCCACAGUUACAGUUGCAUAUAAUCAAUGUGGAUACAUUUUUGGAGGCUUUACCAGUAAAGAUUUCAGCAGUGUUGAAAAGGCACAGUUUGUAAAUGAUAAAGAAGCUUUCAUAUUUAGCAUUAAUGCAAACACAUACAGGAAGGAGAUUUUACAAAUUCCUGUAGAAAAUGCAGCUUAUGCUGUGCGUAUGUGGGCUAAUUCAGGGCCUAAUUUUGGGAAUGGAGCACUGCACCUUCUGACUCGGGAUCAAACAGUACAAAGUGUACCUAAUACUAUCUUCAGUUUUGAUGCUAAUUCCUUUCAUGGUAAUGAUACAUAUCUUGUAGAAUGUGAGGUGUAUCGUGUUGAAGCUCUUCCUUCUCUCCUGGAUGAACCUUGGCGAAAACUUGUAUGGACAGCAGAGAAAAGGAGAGAAUACAUGCAAUCUAUACAAAAUUACAAACCCAUCCAAAGUUCCAUUCCUCAAGUGAGGAUUUUACUCAUUGGACCAGUAGGAGCUGGGAAAUCUAGCUUUUUCAACUCAGUGAAUUCUGUUUUCCGUGGUCAUGUGACAAGCCGAGCCAUGGCUGGAUCUGCUGCAUCUAGUCUUACAACAAAGUUCAAGACAUAUUCUAUAAGAGCAGGAAGAGAAGGGAAGCCACUUCCAAUUGUGCUGUGUGAUACAAUGGGUCUUGAAGAAACAAAAGGAGCAGGCCUAUGUCUUGAUGAUAUAAAUUACAUUUUAAAAGGCCAUGUCCCUGAUAACUAUCAGUUUAUUCCUGAUCUUCCAAUUCAGCCUGAGACAGCAACAUAUGUAAGAAAUCCUUCUUUCAAAGACCAGAUUCAUUGCGUUGUAUUUGUUUUGGAAGCGAACAAAGUCAGCAUUCUUCCUAAUAAACUUUUAGAGAAACUUCGUGCCAUACGUGCAAAAGUUAAUGAAAUGGCUAUAUCGCAACUGGUUUUGUUGACUAAAGUGGAUGAAGCAUGUCCAUUUGUUGCAGAAGACACUAAACAUGUUUACAAAAGCAAAAAUAUUGAAGCCAUGAUCCACAGUACUGGAGCCAUCAUUGGCAUUCCUGUUUCCUUUAUUCUUCCUGUUAAAAAUUAUUCAUCAGAGAUUGAGUUGGAAAAUGGAAACGACAUCUUGAUCCUGUCUGCACUUACUCAGAUGCAGCGCUUGGCAGAUGAUUACUUUGAGAAUUGCUGUACUGAGGAUGAAACUAAUUCCUCAUUUUAAGUUUAGUCAGCAUAUUUUCUUGCUUUACUAGCUGCUUCCUGCUUUUUAUUGUUUCAUUUAGCUAGGAGACUGUAUUACUUUGUAUUCUGUGACAUGACUGAUGCUGAAGGUUAAUUAAAAGUAAGAACACAUAGCACACUUUUUGGAUUUUCAGUCUUGUAAGGAUGUUUGCAGCUGCCUCCUUUUUUUCCAGUAUUUUUUACCUUUACCUGCUGACUAAGACCUAACCAGACAAUAUAUCCCCAAGCUGUGAGACCAGGUUGUGAAAGCCAUCACUGGGGCAACUUUCAGGAUUGUUAUUGUGACACCCCACCACUGGCCCAGUAAACAAGGAGCCUCAGUCCUCACCACUGGCAACAGUGGGGGAAGUACA